GUCAAUUAAAGUUACCUUUUGCUUUUGUUUGAUUUUACUCAUUUGAAGAGUUAAAAUGCGACACUGAGCGAAAAGGAAGAUAAAGAUAAAGACAAAGUGAGAAGAUGAGAGUUCCAGUGAGAGAAACCUGAAGAAAGAGAAAGAAAAUAAAUCAUAAUUAUAAUAAAAGUAGCAAACAAGAAUUACAGAUUUUAAGAUGUUCAUAAGACAUCAUCAUCAACACCUUUUAUCUUCAACCCAAUUAUUAUGAUUAGUAUUAUUUGUCAAGUGAUCAAAGUGAAAAAAGAUUCAACAAAGCAAAAGAUUCAUCAAUUCCGUGCCGUUUAUUUUGUACCAUCAACCUCGUUAUUAUCAACGACAACAGCUAAAGCGAAAAAAUAAUUACAUUAUUAAUAUCUUUAACUGCUAAAUGGAUUCCCUUUCAUCGGAUCCAUUGUGUUUACAAGAUUUAGUUGGUCCACAAGCAUCUCAAGGAGUCCAGAGUUCAUCAUCUUCAGCUCUUCUUAACACUCAUCCACAUCUAGGUUCGUGUUCAUCGUCAGUUGAUAAUUCAGGAGUACAACAUCAACAACAAGUUGGAGGCCAAAGCUCAACAUCUUCACCUUCAGUGACACCAACUGAAAAUCUAAGUGAUCAUCCGGCUCACAAUCAAUCUAACUCUAAUUCAUCAUCAUCUUCUUCAGUGCCACCAUCAAGUACAGGUUCAACUCACCAUUCAAUAGUAUACCAUCACCAGCAACCUUCAUUAAAUUCACUUCAUUUACAGCAACACCACCACCAACAACAACACCAACACCUACACCAUCAUAUUCCGCCCCCAUCUUCCUCCUCCUCGUCAUCAUCAUCGUCUUCUUCCUCCUCUUCCUCAGUCCUUCACCAUCACCAUCAACACCACCAUCCAUUGGUAACAAUGCAACACGCCAUCCAUUCAACUGUUAACGCAAUCAAUCCACCAUCAACUGGACCACAUCAUUCUCAUCAUCACCAUCCACGGACUUUAUCGACAAGCCAAUCCCUUCAUUAUCCCAGUGCUCAUCAUGUUUCAUCACUUUUCUCAACCAUUUCGGGUGCUCCUUCAUCGUCAUCUAUCUCUUCAUCUCCUUCAGCUCAUCCUCAUUUUUACACUCAUCCAACUCCAGGGUUUCCACAAAAUGUUUCCUCUGCGGCAGCAGCCGCCGCCGUGGCUGCUGCUUCAUCCACAGUAACCUCAUUGAACUCUAAUCUUACUCGGUUACCCUCUCAUCUUGACUCAAAUCCAGGUGGCAAUGGAGGUGGUUCAGGUAGUCCUUCAACGACAACUCCUUUACUUCACCAGUCACCUUCUUGUUCAACAACUGUUCCUGAUCCAUGUAAAAAGCGACCAGAUAGUGGCGAUGGAAUGGAUACUAAACCAACUCAAAUAUCAAGUAUAACUGGUAAUGAUAGUGAAGAAACUGAUGGUGAAGAUUCCAAAACAAAGAAACGUACCCGUCGACAGCGAACGCAUUUUACUAGUCAACAGCUCCAAGAGUUAGAAACUGUUUUUAAUAGGAAUCGUUAUCCAGAUAUGUCAACGCGAGAGGAAAUUGCCAUGUGGACCAAUCUAACUGAACCCAGAAUCAGGAUUUGGUUCAAAAAUCGUCGUGCUAAAUGGCGUAAACGUGAACGUCAUGUAGUUGUAGAUGUAAAAAAUAGCUUAGGAUCACAGUUUAAUGGUCUGUUACAUUCAUUCACUGAGGAAGCUCUCUAUUCUGGUUGCUCUUCUUACACGAAUUGGGCCAAAAUUGCUAACCCGUUGAAUCCACAAGGAUUUUGGAAUAGUUUUGGUAACACUGUUAACCCAUUAACAGCAAGUGCUCAAGGAGUAUCUUGUUUUGGUGAAACACCGACUACAAGUCUCAAUGGAACCUUUCAAAAUUCUGGUAACAAUUAUUACAAUCCCGCAAAAACACCAAAUUCAAUAAACAGUUAUACCAGCAUAGAGGAUAGAAAGGUAUAUCAGUAAAUGUUUAAAAAAACAACUCACAGUCACUGCUAAUGGUAACAGAAGCAAUUCACUUUUACUAUUAAUAUUAAUAUCAUACAACUAAUACUAAUCACAUUCAGAGCGUUGAGAGAAGGAAGAAAAGCCAGAAUCAAUUAUAUAUGUAUCUGUAUCCAUAUAAAUAUAUAUAUAAUUAUAAUUAUAAAUAAUGUUACCAUCAUCAUUGCACAUCACAAAGCCAUCGCACACCAUUUUUUCAUCGCCAUUAAACUUCAUAUCAACUCAAUGAGAUGUCGACUCAAUUAGUCAAAUGAAAUCAAAAUUAAGCUGAAAACCCUUAAUAAGCUAAAACAAUAACAAUAAUGAAAACUCAAAUGGUGACUAUGGUGGAGAUGAAGAUAUUCAAAAUUGAACAUAAAUGAUUGAACAUUUUGUUUUAUUACAAUUGGUAAAUAAAAUUAUCUUACUACUGUAAACAUAUUAACUAAAUCAUAUCACAAAUUCAAUGCUUCUUUCGUCAACAUAUCAUCAUUACCUAUCAUCAUCAACCAAUCAUCUUAACCAUGUUCCUCUAUCAAAGACUGAAAACUUCUGAAAAAAAUUAGAUUCUUCAUCUUCACAGCUUUUAAUUGUAUAAUCUAUCUGUGAUUUAAUCUGGAUAGUCUUUUGUGCUGAAUAAUCAAUCACACCAACACCAACAUAA